AUGGACUACAGCAACGUGUGCACCACCGUGUUCACCCCCCUGGAGUACGGGUGCUGUGGCCUCUCCGAAGAGGACGCGAUAGAAACCCUUGGGGAAGAGAACGUGGAGGUUUUCCACUCCGCUUUCACGCCUCUCGAGUGGCAGAUGAACUCGGAGCGACCACAAAACGCCUGCUACGUGAAGGCCGUGUGUGAUUUGAAGGACAGUCAGCGGGUGCUGGGUCUACACUUCUUGGGGCCUAACGCCGGCGAGGUGAUGCAAGGCUUCGGCGUAGGAAUCCGCCUGGGCAUGACGAUGGACGACUUGCGACAGCUGGUGGGAAUUCAUCCGACCGUCGCAGAAGAAUUAACCCUCCUUCAGACAACCAAGAGGUCUGGGGAGCCCAUCGAGAAAAGUGCCUGCUGAGGCUAGUGCUCCCGCCCUAACAAGCACACCCAGACGAGGAGAUGGAUGUUUUCUCCUUGUUGUGCGAAAAACAACGCUAUGUUUUGCAAAACAGCCGGUAUCGGCGAAGUGCGCAAUGUUAUGGUAGCAGUGGUUCGCUAGACUAUCGUGUAAGGCAGAGUUUUUUCGUUCACGCGUGUGCAGGGCGGGGGCAAAAGCAGGGGGACGGGGUGGGUAGGCGUAGGCGCCGAAUAGUGAGUAUGCUGUGACGUCUACAUCCCAGUGACAACUUGGCGUGGCGUGUUCGAACAGCGGCUCGUGUGCCUAUGUCACGCUCUCAAGGCCGCAUGCUGUGAUUCGUUGGGGCAAAGGCAGAGUAACGGUGCCGGUAUUCAGUCAGUUGUGGCAAUAUGUCAGCAACCGUAAGUACCAGAAGAGAGUCGGAUCUGGGGACAGCAUAGUCAGGUGGUCUUCUUGUCACACUGCUAUUCUUUCCAUCUAUUUCCCCCCAUAGGAUAGGUUGUAGUUGUUAGGUGUUUUGCUGGAUGGAUUCGCCAUUUUCCUGCUGUUUCCUUACCGAGCUCCAGGCAUGUCUUCUGUUGUUUAGCGCCCCCCCCGGGCUGAAUCCCGGUCCAUUUCCGUCACUUCAUAAGAUGUGACUUGUGGGGGAUGGGCAAGAGAAGCAUGUAGUUGAUCUUGCUCUCAGCUCUUUCACCGGAGGAGGGGGGGGGGGGGGCGCGACUGGGCUUUGCGUAUGGUGCAGUAAAGUAGGGUACACUGGGACUGGAGCUCGGCGUGUUGUAAUGACGCCGCGGCUAAAGAAACGGAGAAGUACACUCCGGGAGCCGCGGCCGACGAAACACGCCGUACGCCCGAGCCCAAGCGUGGCCAGCAUGUUUUUGUUUGUGUUGUGUACUUUUGUGAGGUGUGGCUUUUGCUGAUGCGCGCGUUGUGUUCGUCCGAGUUGUCCUAGCCCGUACCACAUCGCUGCUGUUUGUUCCAUGUAUGUCACAGUUUCCUGUCACCAAGAAUUGCACUGAUUUUUUUUACCCGAG